AUUUUGCCAAAGGCGAUAUUCUGCAAUACGAACCCAAGGUUAAAAGCUUCAAGGUUCCAAAAAUAACAUCAUUUGCGUUGCAUUAUUGAAACAAUAACCCACAAUUUCUCUUAGCUAUUAAUACUUUAUAUUGCAUUUUAAACCUACCACAAUUUUUUAAAUUUAUUGUUUAUUGAAUACUUUUUGGAAACAUGAGUACUACUACAUCGGUUUCAAGUUCCUUUGCUAGUACUUCUAGGGAAAAUUCACAAGAUGGAAUUAGAUGUAAAUUAUGCGGUAUAGUUCUAACAGAUGAAACCUUUUAUCAAAAUCACUUGAAAUCGAAAAAGCAUAGGGUGAAUUUAAAGGUAGCUCGUAGGGCAAUUCAUGAAAAAAGCCAAAUCGAACAAACAUCAGUGAUAACAGAUGAAGAAGCUGAAGAAGAUGAUGUGUUGUCACAAAUCGAAAAUCCAUUAGAAACUGUUGAAUUUAGCGCAUUAUCAGAUUAUAAAACUAAAAGAGAGACUUAUCGUCCAAGAGACGAGAAAAACUUCGAAGACCACUACAACCUCUACAAAAACUCGCUGAUAGCCUAUUGGUCGAUAAAUUUGAGCUUCAAUCCAACAGUCCAAGAUUUCAAAAUAUCCGCAGGAGACAAAAAAUGGGAAAACUUCGGCGACGUUGUCGUAGACAUCGAAUUCAAAGAUCUUCCUGGCAGAGGUGCCCACACGAUUCGUUGCGCUAUCCAAUUCAAACAAAUCGCUUCGCAUAAUAUGAAAAUAUUGCAACCCUUUGAAAAAGGUCCUACAAGUUAUGAAGCUAUUGCUAGACAAAUCGAAAAAAUUAACAAUAAAUCAAUUAUUGUGGACGAUACAAGAUUUAUUACUUUUUCAACGUCUCUUGUAGAUCCGACAUUGAUCGCUUCAAUGCCGGUGAAUUUUUGCGACAUUUGUCGCAAGAUUACGAUUUCUUGCAAGUGUCUUCCUAAUAAUGAAUCCAGUAAAACAAUUAAUUUAACAGCCAGAACUCGUAGCAUCAGACAAAACGUUAUACUCAACACUUCAGAAGACAAUGAUACUGUUUUUAGUUUUAUAUGUACCCAAGGCAAGUACGACUUGCCCAAAAUUUACGUGUACAGUUGUCAGAAAAAAGCCCGAGAAUUUCCUAUAGUUAUAGAAGAAAUUAUGUCCGAUUGUUUCGGAGAAAAUCGUCCGAAUAUUGCAAAAGAUUUUAUUAAGUUUAUAGAAAUUUGGAGUAAUGGACAAUGUGGGGGAUAUUAUAAACUGCGUAAGGAAGAUGUGCUGGUGAGACUUGGCCAGAUUUUACUUGGGAAAUUCAGAGUCACUCCGGAACUGAUGACUAUCGAAGACCCAGUAAGCAGAUUCUCCACCUGGAUCCAAGCUCUCAAAAUUAUAGACAUAACCCUGCUGAAACCCACAACCAAUUUAGCACCACUCAUUGAACCGUUCAACCUAAUUAUCCAGAAAACUUUCAAGAAAACCAUAAACACCACAAACGAAACAAUAUCAUUUAAACGAAUGAAAUCCAACGAUGAAGUAAAACAUUUAAUUGAUCCAAUUUUAAGGGGACACGUUUACGAAGAAACCAAAAAAGAUUUGGAAAACACGAUUCCUUUAGAGCGAGUUUAUUUGAUGUUUUGGAAAGCUGGUCUUAUGCCAUUGAUGUUAGAAGUCACCAAUAAGCUGGAUCAAGACUAUGUUUUCCGGGUCAUUAACGAAUUAAAAAGUGUUGGAUUGACUAGGAGAUAUUUGAUUAAAACCAAUCAAAAUACUCUACAGUUAAAUGUAUUUAAAUUUUUAGAUUUUUUUAUUAAUUUGGGCAACAUAUCUAAAAAGCUUGGCCCCAAUAUUUUGGCAAAUGUCACAAUACGUUUAACGAAUGAGUUACGUUUAAGUUUAGCAGCCAUUGAAGAAUGGGAUGUUUUAUUUAAAAACACUGUAACUCCUGAAGAAUUCUUUCACAUGGCUUUAGGAAAUUAUUCGUUCAGGCCCUACAACGGCGUAAAAGAGGAGCACACAAAUUCCAAAUUAGUACUAGAGAAGAAUCUGAUGGAAAUAUUAAAAAAAGAAGUUGAAUCUACAAAUCAUUUGGCGACUAACAAUGAGAUUUGGUUGCGAGGGGUCAAUCCCGAUUGGUUUUCAUAAAAAAAAAUGUUUAUUAUUACAAUUAAAUAACACCUAUUCUGGUAAUAAAUCAUCUCCAAGCUCAUCAUUGCCGAAAUCGUCAAAGUCCAAUGGCUUACCAGCUCCUGUUCUAGGUCUCAGAGGUAAGGGUCCUAAUGGAUCAGAAUAAGUUGCAUCUAGAAAAAAAGAAAUAUUACGUAUUUCUGCUGUAACGGUUCAGAAAUCAUCUAGAGGCAUUUCGGUUGUCGGUUGCGUAUCAAGAAAAUGGUUAAUCUUGGAAUAAUUUAGUGAAUUAAGGAAAAAUUAUAAGUGCAUGUAGGAAAUUGAGUAUUUAUUGCAAUAAAAUUGACUAUUGAAUAUUUUCUUUGCUUUCCAUAAGAGUGGUAAUAAGUUCUCAAAAAGGCGGCCCUAUAGAAUAAAUAACUCCUUACCAACAUUAUUAUUUUGUCCCAAUCCUGAAUCGCUACUGCUACUAGCACUAUUUUGCACCCUCGCCUCUCUAACACUUCUCAAAUUCCUGUUAGUUGAGCCCGACAAGGACGAAGGGCUUUUUAUCGAAGUGUGCUCGGGUACCGGACUGAACCCGGAACCCGCUCUAGAACUCAGCCCGCUGUUGCUUCUCCUUGAACCCGGUCUGCUGCUGUUGACUCUUUCCCUCACUUCUUUGGUCUUUUCCAAUUUUUUCAGUUCCUGCAAAUAGUCUUGGGCUUCUCGCAUACCCAAAUCGCCGCACAGUCUUAUCAAGAAUCGGAGACAUUCCAAGUUUUCAGGGAAUUGUCUGAAAUAUCCAACUUGUUGAAACGUGACAUAAGUUAUAGAUAGUUUACCGAUGAAUUUCUUGAUAAAGCGUCAAAGCCUUGUGCAUGUUGCCACUCCGCCUGUGACAUCCUGCCACCAUCAUGUUCCAUUUGGGUUCUCCCGGUUGCAUGAGGGCAGCUUUUUCGAAAUAAGUCAACGCCUUUUCGACCACUUGCAUUUCAAUGUAGUAGGAGCCUAGCCAUUCAAUCACUGACAAAUUUGCUGGAUAAUAUC